AGCAACAGUAUCAACUGCAGUACCACCAGCAACAAUAUCUGCAGGACCAUCAGAUAUAUUAUAAAAUAGUAUUUAAAAUCAGUUGUCAGCCACAUGUGGUCUAUAUGAUGCAACAUGUUUGCAAUUGUUGGCAUGUCAUUUAAAAAUAUGUAACUAAUUUUGCUUUUCAAUAUUACCAUUAAUAUGACUUUUAAAAUAAUAAAAUUUUUUAUUUGUUUCAAAAAAUACUGUUUUAUUACUUUCAAUAUAGUAUGUUAUUACAAGAUACUUCUGGCUUUUUCUCUGUUUCAAACCAGUUUAGUUAUAUCUUUUGUUCACAAAUUUUAUUAGACGCUAUACACAUAGUUUCAUAGGUUUAAACUGAUAAAUAGCACUUUAUUGUUUUUGUUCAUUUUAGAUUAGUAUAGCAAAAAAUUAUUAAGAUAAAGUUUUAUCAAACAUAAAUAAUUUCUUAAUUAUGUCAAGUAACUUAAGAGCUGAAAAUAGAAGAAAUCGUCGAAAUGAAAGAAAUGAGGCCAGACGAGAAGAAAUUAAUCGUUGCCAAAAUGAGAGAAAUGAGGCUAGGCGAGAAGAAAUUAAUCGUCGCCAAAAUGAAAGGAAUGAGGCUAGACGUGAAGAAGUUAAUCGUCGCCAAAAUGAAAGGAAUGAGGCUAGACGUGAAGAAGUUAAUUGUCGCCAAAAUGAAAGGAAUGAGGCUAGACGUGAAGAAGUUAAUCGUCGCCAAAAUGAAAGAAAUGAGGCUCGACGAGUAUUAUUUAGGCGUGGAAUCCAUUGCAUAGCAAGAAAUAAUGUUUUUAUAGAGAGUAAUUACCUAGGAGAAAUGAACCAUAAUUGUCAGUAUUGUGGUGCUAAAAAAUUUUUAAAUGAAACACAUUUUUUGUGCUGCCAUUCAGGAAAGGUUGUCUUACCUCCACUUUCACCUUAUCCACCGCUGAUGGUUGAUUUAAUGACAGGCAACCAUGUUUAUCGUGCUUUGAAUCAAAAUUUUUUCAAGCAUAUACGAAAUUAUAAUGCCUGUCUAUCUUUUGCUUUAUUCAUAGCCACAAUAUAUCCUCCGUCAAAUCGUGGUCCACCCUGUUUUAGAAUUAGUGUGCAAAUUAUGCAUCGUAUUGGUAAUCUAAGACAUCAGCAAGGGAUCCACCUGCUUAUUGUCAAUUAUAUGUUUAUGAUCCUAAUACUGCUUUAA